CAGUCUGAAGAACGGGUCGCGGCAUGCAGACCGAGCUGACUGCUUCAAAUUCGUAAAGGUGAUGUACACCGACACCAUGGCGUGUACACCAGGGUUCUGGAAGUGGACGGCCCUGGUGCUGAUCGUAACGACUGCUACAGUGAAUGCCCAAGAACGAGAUACCUCAUAUCUCACAGCUUACAAUGGCUGGCACUACUACAAGGUACCUGUAACCGGAGAGAUGACAUCGGCCAACGUGAAGGCAACGUGUGAGGCAGCGGGGUACGUGACGCCGUGUCCCGGGGACAGCGCCUGCUCGUUCUCCUCCUCCUCGUGCUUCCAAACAGGCUUGGUGAUCUGUAGCGCUCCCAUGGGUGAAGUAUCCCAGCAGCUGUGUGGUACUAAUCCAGGCGGCUGCUCACAGCUGCACGGCGUGUACCAGUUCAUGAACAACUAUAAUAGUGGUGCCACCUGUGGCGCAGAGUCGGGAAGCUGGUGCGUCAUUGGUAAUGGACAGCAAGACAAGUACGCCUUCUGUGCCAGAGUUGAUGACGGUUGGUCCAACUGGACCGCCUGGUCUGGCUGUAGCGUGACGUGUGGAGUCGGGACGGAGACUCGGGACAGAACCUGUACCAAUCCUGCACCAGACUGUGUCGGAGAAACCCAGGAGACAAGGCAAUGCGACACGGGGGUGCCCUGUCUUGAAUCACCGACCAGUGCUCCAGGAUGUGGAGGUGUCCUGACGGCUCCCCCUGGAGGUACUGUGACGUCACCCAACUACCCCGAUAACUACGGCAACGAUGAGACCUGUGACUGGACGAUCACUGUGCCAGAAGGAAGCACGGUUCUUCUUUCGAUUGACAGCUUCGACCUCGAGGACGGUUUCGACUUUUUGACCAUCUACGAUGGAGGCAGUGAUGGUACUACAGAAUUACAGAGCUUAACCGGACAGUUGUCGUCAGUCAACCCCAUCACCAGCACAUCUAACCAGAUGUUCGUGAGGUUUACCUCUGACGGCAGCAUUGCGGGUCGGGGGUUCGAGUUCUCUUACACGGAACUUGUGUGUCAUGCACCAGGCUACACAAGUUUUCAUGGAGUUUGCUACAAGGACUUUGCCGAGGAGAUAACGUAUGAGGAAGCCAGACAGACUUGCGAAACAGACGGGGGACUGCUGGCCAUGCCGAAAGACAACGCGACCAACACUUUCAUCCACGAGCUGGGAGGAACAUCCGGUCCACGUUGGAUUGGUUUGACUGACGCCAACUCCGAAGGUCAAUGGGUAUUUGCCGACGGCCAAACCCUGGCAUCAGCCGGCUACAACAACUGGCGCUCCGGUGAGCCGAACAACGCUGGUAACGAAGACUGCGUCGAAGUUAUUGAUACAGGUCACGACUGGUAUGAUGUACCGUGUGAAAGGCCUAUGGGAUUCGUUUGUCAGUUAGCGUGUCCAGCAGGCUAUGUCAGGUUUAACACGGGUUGCUACAAGGACUUUGCUGAGCAGAAGACGUACGAUGAGGCCAGACAGACGUGUGCGGAAGACUGGGGCCUGUUGGCCAUGCCGAAGGACAGCGCGACCAACACUUUCAUCAACGAGCUGGGAGGAACAACCGAUGUACGCUGGAUCGGGUUGACUGACCGCAACGACGAAGGUCAAUGGGUGUUUGAAGACGGCCAAACCCUGGCAUCAACCGGCUAUAACAACUGGAACCCCGGUGAACCGAACGAUGAAGGUGGUGACGAAGACUGCGUCAUAGUUGUUGGUACCGCGCACAUCUGGAAUGAUAUACAGUGUAGCGACACCAGGGGAUUCAUCUGUCAGAUAACUAUAGUUGAUGGCGAUUGGUCCAGUUGGGGCCCAUGGCCUGCCUGUAGUGUGACGUGUGGAGUUGGGACGGAGACUCGGGUCAGAACCUGCACCAACCCUGCACCAGCGAACGGUGGGGCAGACUGCGUCGGACUAGCAGAAGGGACACGAAACUGUGACACUGGGGUGUCUUGUCCAGUUGAUGGUGAUUGGUCCAGCUGGGCCGCCUGGUCUGGUUGUAGUGUGACGUGUGGAGUCGGGACGGAGACUCGGGACAGAACCUGCAACAAUCCUGCACCAGCGAACGGUGGGGCAGACUGCGUCGGACAAACGCAGGAAACACGUCUCUGCGACACGGGAGCGUCUUGUCCAGGUUGUCAUCUCCAAAACCCCAUCUUCCCGACGGACACGUUCGCUGUCUACAACGGCCAUUGCCAUUGGUACUCCAUGACCAGGACAAGCUUCACGGAUGCCGAAACCUUCUGCAACAGUCGCAAAGCCAGACUUGUGAUGAUCAAGGACUCUGCCAAACAACAGUGGCUUGAGAAUCUCUAUACUAAUACCCUGCCACGAAGGAACUUUUGGAUUGGACUAGACGACCGUGACGAGAAAAAUUUCAAGUGGAGCGACGGUACGGAUUUCGACGUCGCCAACGACUACAGCAACUGGAACAAGCGCAGCCCACCGAAGCGUCACAAGAAAAGGGACUGCGUUCUCAUCCACCGCGUGCGCAAGAAGUGGGUUCUUGUCAACUGCAAGAAACGUUCCCGCUUCAUUUGUGAAAUACCUUAAUUCAGCCUGAUUCCCGGUCGCCGAAGAAUAACACAGGCAUCAACAAUUUCUACCGUUCAAAGAACACUUUCUUCAUAAUCAGCACCAGCGUACUGUGACAAGGGUAAUGUAUUGAGUAAGCAAUAUGCUGGUGUGAUCUUAAAGAAAAUGCCCUUUACGCAAU